CGGUCUGAGCUGCCGCUGCGCGCUCCCGCCCAGCAAGCAUCCUCGGGGGGAGCGCGCCGUGCACGCGCCGUACUUUCUUUCGGGCGCGCGACACCGCGAGCGCUGCGCUGGAGACGUCGGAGGAGCGAAACGUAAUCGGGCAGAAAUGCCACAGUAAAUCAAGUAGGAGGGAGGGAGGGACACCGAAGUGAUCUGAAGGCGUCCGGGACGACGCGCUUCGCCGCCACCGUCCGAUCAGCCCGAGAAACGGAUGCGCCCGCGGGCACGAUGGCGCGCACCUACAGUCAGCGCUCUCUAGCUGUCCUGCUCUUUCUGGGACUUCUGUCCGCCGUCAUGGCCCUGCUGUCCCUCAUGCUCGUUUUCCAGCUGCAGUCGCACAGCGCGGCCAUGAAGGAGAGCAGCCCGCCGCCGCCGCCGCCGCCGCCGUUCCCAGCGGAGGUUUGCGCCGUGUUGGUGCGCGUGUCCGCCGUGCUCGCGGCCUUAUCGCUCACACUGAACCUGAGCUCCGUGCUCGUGUGUCUCCUUCACACUUACUUCACUACCGAGAUGUGCUGCGCGGGGGAGGACCAUGCGGACAGAGCAGACUGGUUUCUCUUGGACAGCAGAGCGGUUCGACAUGUGGCCGUUGGACUUUUUUGCCUUGGAGUCUGUGUGUAUUUGGCAGCCAUGUCCAUUUAUAUGCUGCUUGUGUUUGAAAUUGAAACGGGCAUUGCCAGCGCCUGUGUCCUGGCAUCUGGUGUGCUGGUUCUGCUCAUCACUGUGGCCCAUACCCUUGUGUGGGCAACCAGCACGGCCAGGCACUACCGGAAUGAGCUCCCCGACACCAUGUAUCGGAAUGACCAUGACAGCAGCCCCGGUGUCCAUCCCUCAGACCGCAGUGCGGGGGACAAAUCCGAGAGGUGCCAUCGAGGGCUCUCGGGCUUCCAGCGCCAGUUCUCGUACCCACUCUCCGAGCCCAAGCAGCACCCCUGCGCGAGCCAGAGCCACACCAGUGACAACAAAGGCUACGGCAGCAGCAGCGGGAGCGUUCCCAGGAUGCACCGGACCCUCUCGGCAGAGUCUGGGCUGCUGCAAGCACAGUCCCAGCCAUGGAAUGGCAUUAACAGUGAGAUGAGAAAAGUGCUAGCACGCAAAUCUGCCAACAUGGCCAAGGACUCCACUCUAGUGUGACCUGUGCUGCCAACACUAGAAAGGAGCACAUGCCAUGGGUUGGAGGGGGGGGUUGGUAUUGGCAGGCAGCCAUAAGUAUCUCUUCGCAUUGGCUGGCACCCAUUUUUGGCUUUGACAAAUACGGACGGAAUAUUUAAAAAUGUUUGAUGUUGAUGGAAAAAAAGAAUCCUUUGCAUGUGUGGAUCUAAUUUAAGAAAGAACCCGUUGAUAGAUAUACAGGUAUACUGUAUGUAUCGGGAUAAAGUGAGGAUGCACGAUUAUUUAUUAGAGGUAUGCACUUGUAUUGAUAAUGAAUUUUUUAGUUACAUACUUUUUGUAAGAGGAAUAUUUCAGAGUCAGAUGGAGGUGGCAGACCAGAAUAAUUUGAUACUGCUUUCAGAACAGGAGCAAAUUUAUGGUUUGAGAGAGACCUGAUGAUUUCAGUCACUGUAUUGUGCUCCGUUACAUAGGUAAUGGGAGAAUAAAGUCUUACCUGGAGAAAGCAGGAAGUAUUGUCUUACAUGCUCUAUUUUGGCAAAAUACUUGUGAAUCUCUUAAUGCUCCUGAUUUCUACUUUCCAGAUAUAAAUCAUAUUAAUUAGAGGGUACUAUUUAAAUAGUAAAAACUUUACAACGUUAAGCAUCUGUGACGGCUUUAAGUUGAAUCUUGAGUUUCGUAAACUGAGGGUAGAUGAAGUGUGAG